AUGGCUGCGAGAAGUUUGCUGGUGGCUGUAUGCCUCUUGGCUCUGCCACUUCUUUCGUGGGCGCAUACCGUCAUUGUCUAUCCCGGCUGGCGAGGCGACAAUCUGGUGACGAACGCGACCUUCCCAUACGGCAUGCAGUGGAUGUAUCCUUGUGGUGGAGUCCCUCUGACAACAAACCGCACCUUCUGGCCCACGACAGGAGGCCCCAUCUCAUUCCAGCCCGGCUGGUUCGUGGGCCAUGCGACGGCGAUGCUGCAGGUCAACCUGGGAAUGGGCACCGACGGCCCCGAUGGCGGACCGCUAGAGAUGUCCCACCAGAUUGUGCCAAAGUUUGGCAUUAUUGGCCCGAGCAACAACCCCUUCCCGGGCACCAUCUGUUUGGAUCAGGUCUCGGUGCCGACGGACAUCGGCGUCAAGGCGGGAGUCAAUGCGACGAUCCAGAUUGUCAUGUCGGCACAGCACGGCGCCGCGCUGUUCUCGUGCGUCGACAUUACGUUUGCCGAGCCGGGUGACAAACGGAUCCCGCUUCACAACAGAACCAACUGCUUCAACUCUUCCGACAUUGGGUUUUCUGACAUCCAUCUCGCUACCAUCUCCAAGGGCGUCGAUCUUGGCGACAUUGGCGAGCUGAAGAUGUGA